ACAGUCAAGAUGGUGGCGACCAUAGUGGAGCAUGUUGUUGUGGAUGCUGGAGCUUUUAUCAAAAGGGCUCCUCUGCACGAAAUUGGCAAGAACAUUUAUACCUUGAAGGAUGUUGUUGAUGAAAUUCGGGAUAAACCAACUAAAAGGAGCUUGGCCUUUUUACCAUACAAGCUUGAUUUCAAAGAACCAUUUCCAGAGUACAUUCAAUUUGUUACAGAGUUUGCUAAAAAGACAGGAGAUUAUCCCAGUCUGUCAGCAACGGACAUCAAGGUUUUGGCUCUGACUUAUCAACUGGAGUCUGAAAAUGUGGGGACUGAGCAUUUGAAGAAAGAACCUGAGAAACAGGUUCAGAUAUGCAGCACACAAAGACAUCCAGAGACUCCUGUUGGCAUUGCUGGUUUCCAUUUUCCUUCAAAAGUCAGAGUUCACCAAGCUUGAACUUUGCUGUGCAGCAGCAUGCAAAACAUGUUGCUUCCGUUUCCGGUCUUUCACAUUCGCAUGCGUAUGGAAUGGAAGGCUCUGGGGUGAAAAGUGUGACUGCGGCUUUAUCUUCAGGUAAAUCUGCUAUCCAAAGCCCACCUACAACGAAUGAGCCACACGAUCCUGUCAGUUCACAGUUCAACACCUUUCAGUUUUGGAGGAAUCCUCUGCCCAGCAUUGAGUCUGAACUUCUGGAGCUGCUGGCAGCAGAUGCCAUCACAGUCACACAGAAGCUGGAGUCUGUCAAUCUAUCAGCUGAAUCUGAAGAGCAUGAAGGGAAUAAUGGAGAGCAGCAUGAGGAGGAGGAGGAAGAGGAAUUCAACAGUGAUGAUGAGGAGGAAGAAGAGGAUGAUGAGGAUGGUGGAGGGUGGAUUACUCCCAGCAACAUUAAGCAGGUCCAGAUGGAUGCUGGUGUGCGGGGACCUUCAGCAGACGUCAAAGUGGGCUGCGUGACCACCGACUUUGCCAUGCAGAAUGUUCUGAUUCAGAUUGGACUGAAUGUGCUGUCUGUAAAUGGCAUGCUCAUUAAAAACACCAGGAGUUAUAUCCUGCGCUGUCAUGCAUGCUUCAAGACUACAACAAACAUGAACAAAAGUUUCUGUCCGAAUUGUGGAAACAACACGUUGAAGAAGAUUGCCGUCACCCUUAAUGAAGACGGCACCAUGCAGAUGCAUUUCUCCAGGAAUCCCAAAGUGCUGAAUCCAAAGGGGAAGAGAUACUCUUUGCCUAUGCCUCAAGGAGGAAAACACGGCAACAACCCACACCUGGUGGAAGAUCAGCGUUUCCCUCAGCAGAGAAUGUCUAGAAAGGCUCGUCAGAAGACUAAUGUGUUUGAUCCAGAUUACCUGGCCAGCAGCUCUCCGUUCUCCGAGCACGACGUCUACAGCAAAUCAGCCAGCUUACAACUGCGGGACGGUCAGACUGGCGGAGGACGACGACGCACGAAUCCAAACGCUGCUCGCAAGAAGUUUGUGAAGAAGUGAUUGUUGAUCUCACACUACCUGCAGGAUCUGGACUGGAAGCCUGAAACGUUAAACCAAAAUGUUUUAUGGUGAUUGUUCUGAAUAAUCCGCUUCAACUCUCUAUUGUGAAUUAAUUACAGAAUAUUUUCUAAAAUCUAAAUUCUGCCCUCAUACCAGUUACGAUUAUAUGGAAACUCUAUUUUUGUGCUAACUGUUCACGCUUCAGUGUAAGAUUGAAUAUCAAAAAUCCUAGUAUUUUCAUCCAGGUUUACUGAACAUUUUCCUCCCAUGAAACAAAAAAAGUAAAAAGCAACACAAACAGUGCAUAAGAUCAUCAACACACUAUAAACAGCACUAAAAGAGCAUUUAUAUGCCCCAAAAGGCUUUUGGUUUGCAUUAGAAGAGCUGCUUAUACAUACAAAUGAUCCACCAGCUUCUAUAGUUUUGUACAAUGAUGUUAAAUUAGUCGCAUGUGAGUUUAUAUUGCUAUUUAAAGUAAAAUGGGAUUUACUAACUAAUGCAGUGGUGUUCAAAUGCCUUCUGGGACUUCUGAAGGUCAAUUCAAUAAAUAUUUCUUCACAUGUUAAAUAUGAACAUAAUUUCAUUACAUUAUAUAUUACAUUCCCCAAAUAAAGUCUGCUUUAAAAUGUAUCUCAAACCCUUUUUUAAGUGUCUGAACAUGGUUAUUUGAUACAUUUGUAUGGUGUCAGUCUGGGGCCAUAUAUACUUAAAAAAUAAAAGAAAGUUUUGCAAAAAAAAUAAAAAUAAAGCAUUGUGCAAAUAAAUAAAUAAAUACAUAUCUCCAAAAAUCACAAAUAAAAAUAAAUAAAUAAAUAAUUUUACUAACAAAAAUAAAAAACUGCAAAAUUUAAGUUUUGAAAAAUAAAAAUGAAAUUUCCAAAAAAAUAAAAAUAAAAUUUAAGAAAUGCAAAAAAAAAAACCAAGCAGUGCAAAAAAAAUAAAUAAAUAAAAUAUUUGCAAAAAACCAAAAAAAAAGAUCUAUAUUUGGUAAACAUUUUUUAUAACAUUGUCUUUACAAAACCCGUCCAGUCAAUUGCAUUUCUCAUUUCAAUUAGCUUUUUCGUCAACCGUGACUUUGCAAUGCUGUUUUCACUUUGCGUUUCACGUUUCUGCGCACUUUACUUUGUGGUCCUGAUUUGACAAGGGGGCGGAGUCAAGGGAACUUGGCCAUUUACAGCAGGCCCGGACCUACUCGGCUGUAAGGCCACCUCAGUGAUAUGGUGUCUCCAGAGGCAGUAAAUGCACUGCUUGAUUUGACCUUUGCUGUUCUUUAUUUUUUGUUAGCAACAUUUUUUUUCUCAAAAAUUAAUUUCCAGAUUUUUGGAGAUUUGCAUUUCAUUAUUUUUUGUUUGCAAAAUAUUCUUUUAUUUUAUGGCCCCAGAUUGACUCGUUAUUCUCGAUUGACCAUUUUCCUUCCCCAAAUAAAGUCUUCAAUAAAAAUGCAUAUCAAACUCUGCUUUAAGUGUCUGAACAUGGUUAUUUUAUCAAUUUUUCCUUCCCCAAAUAAAGUCUGCAAUAAAAAUGCAUAUCAAACUCUG